UACACAUCUGAGAUGACAUGAGGAAGCUCUGGAGGUGGGGCUGUCACUGUUCCCGACCUUAGCCUAUUUAUUUAUCUGAUGCAGCAGUGCCCCAUCCUCAUGUGGAUCCUCAAACAUCCUCCAGCGCGAAUAAACGGAGCUCGACUGAAAUAAGCGCACGGGCUUUGAGAUUUGUUGUGUUCACUGACCGAGCAUAGAGAACUGCUUCAAACAAGUUAAAGAUGCCCUGCCCACCAGCUCAGUGACUCCACGAAAAAGUCUACAACAUUUCCAAUCUCCACGAUGAACACCUCGGAGACCACAACUCUUCCCCUGCCUCUCUGGGCCUUCCAUGUCAACUCCAGCCCUGUCUCCUACCCUCUCAAUGCCACCGAGACCCCGUCCCACCCUAAGCCAAAAGCAUGCGAGCAGCUUAACAUCGCCACCGAGGUCUUCCUCAUCCUUGGCAUCGUAAGCCUGCUGGAGAACAUCCUGGUCAUCUGUGCUAUUGUGAAAAACAAGAACCUGCACUCGCCCAUGUAUUUCUUCGUCUGCAGCUUGGCAGUGGCCGACAUGCUGGUGAGUGUCUCCAAUGCUUGGGAGACCAUCGUCAUCUACUUGCUCACCAACCGACAGCUUGUGGUGGAAGAUCAUUUUAUCAGGCAGAUGGACAAUGUGUUUGACUCCAUGAUCUGCAUCUCUGUUGUGGCCUCCAUGUGUAGCCUUCUAGCUAUAGCCGUGGACCGCUACGUUACAAUUUUCUAUGCUCUACGAUACCACAACAUCAUGACAGUGCGACGGGCUGCCCUCAUCAUCGGAGGCAUCUGGACCUUCUGCACAGGCUGCGGAAUUGUGUUCAUAAUCUAUUCCGACAACACAUCCGUCAUUGUGUGUUUGGUCUCCAUGUUCUUCAUCAUGCUUGUGCUCAUGGCUUCGCUUUACAGCCACAUGUUCAUGCUGGCCCGAUCUCAUGUCAAGCGCAUCGCCGCCCUGCCUGGCUACAACUCCAUCCACCAGAGGGCGAGUAUGAAAGCAGCCGUCACCUUAACCAUCCUCCUGGGCAUCUUCAUUGUCUGCUGGGCUCCGUUCUUUCUACAUCUCAUCCUCAUGAUCUCGUGUCCCAGAAAUCUGUACUGCAUGUGCUUUAUGUCUCACUUCAACAUGUACCUAAUCCUGAUCAUGUGCAACUCUGUUAUCGACCCGCUCAUCUAUGCUUUCAGGAGUCAGGAGAUGCGCAAGACCCUCAAGGAGAUCAUCUGCUGCUACAGCCUGAGGAACAUUUUUGGAAUGUCUAGGUAACAUUAAACCGGAUCAAGAAACAUGAGAGAUGGAUUAUCAUUUCACACGAAUUGGGAGAAUCUUUAAUUGAUUAAGUCUUAAGUGCAGAAUGCCCCCCGUUACGCUUGAUCUAGAUGAAAAAUGACAUUGUGAUGAUUUAUUCCAUCAAUGCUCUCCUCAUACUCCUGAAUUCUCAGGUGGCUCAUGAAAUUACUGUACAAAGACAUCUCAGAAAUGAAGACACAUAAACUUGUCAAUGCAAAAGUUGGACAAAUAGGAAACGUAAUCAAAAUAAAAACUCUCUGAUGGACAAGGAUGCAAGUGAAUUCCAAUGAGACAAUAGUUGAUAUUAAGAUUAUAUUUAGAUGUUGCAAUGUUGGUGGUGUUUUAAGGAGGCCUUAAUGGACUGUGGAACAAUGUAAUCCUUGACUGACAGUGUGAUACACAUCACACUCUCCAGAGACACAGUGCAGCUGUCAAUCAAAGUCUAUGGAAAAAAACAAGUGCUAAUCAUGAGUCAAAUUAACCAUGCAAAACAGCUUUUUGUUGACGUUAAUGUUGUAUUAGCAUGCAAUUUAAAUGGGUGCAUGUGCUCUGUGGUUGACAGUACAACAUAAAGUACCAUUCUACAGACUGCCAAGUUAAAAAUCAUCUGCAGAAUUACAGAAAUCAUCAAUGUGGAAUACACCACUAUACAUAUAGAAUGGAGACAGACAAACUGUGGUAAAUAUGGGUUCGCUGUCAUACUGUUUGUAAUAUGACUGCUAAUGGUUCCAAAAGCCUGAGAGGAUGACAGCUAAGGAUUCUGGGUACCAUGAAACUACUAAUUUACCUCAGAUCUUGAAAGACAUCGGGGGGUUCGUUAUAUUGGAAUUGAGAAUAUGUUAUGCCUGCAUAGUGUGUCUACUGUAUACCUAUGUAGCUGCAAAAAAAAAACUAUUUAUGCCGCCUUUGUUGAGUGUCUGAAAUGAUGCAUAAUUACGUAGGCUUUGUUCACAUAGCAGCAGAAUUCAGUUGUCAGUCCAGUUUGGGGUAUGAAAUGUAGUAAUGUUCACACAUUUUGAUUAGUUUUGAGACAGAUAACUUCAUUCUUUAACCAAAGCGUUUUCUGAAAACUGCAGGACUCACAGCCACAUUUUCAGGUUGAAUUUGGUAAAUAUGUGCGGUACGAACGGAACCACACUUGUCAACUAGUUUUCUGUCACGUAAAUGCCAAACAUAAGGCCAUAAGGUGCUUGAGUCGCAAGUUUUUCUUCACUGUCACUCUCUAAUGUUGGGGCUAUCAACCUCUCUUCAUCCCUAUUCAGAUGUGAUUGAUUUUAUAUAAUUAGCAGAUCUUCUCUGUGAUUUUAAUCCCAUGCAAAUCGGUCAAAUCAGUAAUUACAGCGUCAUAAAAUUACAGUGUCUUUUACCUUCUAUAAAAUGCCCAGUAAAAAUAACCCCCGGUUUUACUAAUCCCAUGUUUAUUGAUAUAAGGGUAAAUCUCCAGUGAGAAUGGAGUUGUCCCAGUAUUUUUGCACUGUUGUAAGUCCAGAGGCACACCUGGAUGCUGUUUUUUACUUUGUACCCAAAUUAAAUCAUGUGGUAGUAUCACGCUGAGAUGCAGAGCCCGAAGAUACAAUAUGAAAACAUUAAGAAAACCCAAACCACUUACCAGAGGAUUAAGACUUGUGACAACUUUAAGUAAGAUUUAUAUUGCUGUAGCUAGCCUAGCCUAGCAUAUGCAUCUCCCAAUACAAAAUGUACCCAUAAUGCUAAUAUUUAAUACCCUAAUUACUGCAAAAGUAUUCAGCUAAAUAAAUGCUGUGAUGGAUCAGUUUAGAUUUAAAGAAACUGUUCACCCAAAAAUAAAUGGAAUUAAUUUACUCUUCGCUUACUCACCCUUGUGCUGUCUCAAACUCAUAUGAUGAUACGAUUUGUUUUUGUGUUAGAAUAGACCAAAAUGUAACAAAUUUUUUUACUAUAAUUCUUGACAUCUGCAAUCUUCAAAUCUAAAAGAAUGACAGUGUCAGAUGUCAUAAAAUCCAUCUUUUUCAUAAGUGUAUACUUGAUGUUCCUGCUGCUUGUUAUUAUGCAGCCUGUUGUCUAAUCCCUUGUGAAGCACUGAAUAUGUAAAUGAGUACUGAUUGACAUUAUGGGGUUAAAAGCAAGUGCUGUGUUGGUUGUUGUUGCAUCACAUUUGUCAUUUAAUACCAUUCAAAGAAAAAGAUGGCAACACUUUACAAUAAGGAUGUAUUUGCUAACAUUAGUAAAUGCAUUAGGUAUCAUUAACUAAAAAACAUGCUUUUGAAAAAUGUAUGAAAAUGUACUUUUACUCACUCAUAUACUCACCCUUAUGUUGUUCAAAACCCAUAUGCUGGUUUUUUUCUUGGAACAUAAAGAUAUUUUAAGCAGCUCUAUUCCAUAGAAUAACUGUUUAUAGAGAGCAGGAGCUGUCAAGCUUCAUAAAGGACAAAUACUAUGAAACACUAUUAAAGGUUCAGUAUAAAAACAUUAUAACAGUAUUCCAUAUGGCAAGUGCAUUAUAUUCCAAGCUUUCUGGGGCCACACGACUUCUUUGUGUUGUAUGGACUACUUUUAUGGUAUAUUUAUAAUGAUCUUUGGACCUUGACAGCAGUGGUCAAUAUGAAUUCUUUUUGUAUGGAAAAGAGCAGUGUUAGGAUUCUUGAAGAAAAUAGUGUGUUAAGAUUCUACUGGGAGGAAAAAACAAUGAGGGACAAUUUGAGGACAGUAAAUAAUUUUGUGUAUUUACUUUUUGCUAGCCAGCUGACACAGUCAUGUUAUUUUACAGAUACAUCAAUGAUGGAAAGAAAUUCAAAUUAUAUUCAUCUUUUCUUUGAGACAGCACAAAAAAGAAAGAAAAGAUGACUGAAAAGAGGCAAAUUGCUAGCAAUGCAGACACAGUGUUUGUUUUGUACUGUGUGAACUUUAAAAAUACAUGUAUCUUUUAAAACCAAAAAUUAUACAAUUUUGGGCCUUUAUUGCAUUUCAAGCCUUUAUUCAGAAAAGUAUUGCAUUCAGCGCCUUUACUAUAUUAAAGGACCAAAGAGGACCAUUAUAUUUGUGACCUCAACACCUGUGAUUAUAAUCUAACUUCAGUAUAUACUUGACUAUUGCCUGAAUGUACAAAAAAUGGAAAAGUAACUUCAAUCCAUUUUUCUUUUUGCCAACAGAAUUUGUAAUGCAUGUAAUGUAUAAAACUUAUAUAACACAUGACAAUUUGCCCCAAUAUAAAUAUCCUGUCUUAAGAAUGCAGUUUAACUUGUCAGUUAAAAUCUACCUUUAUAGUUAAAUCUCUCCUGAAUGUAUGCCAGUGUGGGUUUUAUUGUGCUCAUUUAUUUAACUACCAGCUACAUACAAAAUAUGAUGAA